GUGGAGGUGCGCGAGAUCCCGGACGGGCCCCUCGGCACACAGGUGUUCCCCUGCAGCAGGGUCCUGCUCCGGUGGCUCGCGACCUCGGCGCUGGCCCCCCGCCUGCGGGGCGCGACCGUCCUGGAGCUCGGCGCGGGCACGGGGCACCUCUCGAUCGGCCUCGCGGCCGAGGCGGGCGGGCUGGGCGCCGCCCGCGUGUUCGCCACCGACGGGGACCCCGAGGUCGUGUCCAACCUAGAGUUCAACCUGAGGGCGAGCGGCCUGGAGAGCCAGGUGCAGGCAGUGCUGUGGGACUGGGAGGACAGCCUGAGCCCCCCCCCGGAGGUGGACGUCGGCAGCUGCGACGUCAUCCUGGGGGCGGACGUGGUCUACGUCGGCACCGGCGAGGCCCGCCUCGCCGCCGCCCUGGCCGCGCUGUGCGGCUGCCCCGGCGGGCGCCCGCGGGAGGCGCUGCUGUGCCUGGCCGACCGGCCGCCCGGGGGCCAGGAGUGGCUGCCCAGCUCGGCGGCGCCCGGCGAGGGGGGUUUGGGGCGGACACCUGGGGUUUGUUUUCUGCCCCCUUGCGGAGCGCCGCCGGAGCACCCGCGGGCAGCCGCCGGGGGAGGAGGCGCCCGAGGGCGCGUCGGCGGUGGAGCGCUUCCUGGCCGCCUGCCAGGCCCGCGGCCUCGGGGCGGAGCGGCUGGAGCUCCCGGGCGCGCUCGUCGAGGGGGCGCUGCGCGGCGGGAGGCCCGACGGCGAGCUCUGCCUCUUCCGGCUCCGCCGCGCCGGGGGCGCCGCCGCGGGCGGC